CGGCGGAAGCGUCAGUGCGCAGUGCGUCACAGGCCCGUGCGCCCGGGCCCCGCUGCGCCGCUCCGGAACUGCGCUGCUGCUUAUGAAUCUGCGGCUAAAAACAGCGCAGGUCCCGCUCCACUGAGGCCCAAUGGACCCGAACCGGAUCGUACAGGCGCUGAAGGGAACCAUCGACCCGAGCCUGCGCCUGGCGGCCGAGAAUGAGCUCAACCAGUCGUAUAAAAUCAUAAACUUUGCUCCGACGCUGCUGCAGAUCAUCGUGUCGGAGCAGGUGGAGUUCCCCGUCCGUCAGGCAGCGGCGAUCUACCUGAAGAACAUGGUGAGUCAGUACUGGCAGGACCGCGAGCCCGCCAUCGGGGAGGUCGUGUUCCCGUUUAACAUCCACGAAAACGACCGACAACAAAUCAGAGACAACAUCAUCGAAGGAAUCAUCCGCUGCCCGGAAUCUAUACGGGCUCAGUUGACCAUGUGCCUUCGUGCCAUCAUCCGUCACGACUUCCCGGGGCGGUGGCCGGGUGUGGUGGACAAACUGCAGGUGUACCUCCGGGCGCAGAACAGCAGCGGCUGGUACGGCGCUCUGCUCGCGCUCUACCAGCUCGUCAAGACGUACGAAUACAGAAAGGCGGAGGAGCGUGAGCCGCUCCUCGUGGCCAUGACGGUGUUUCUUCCUCGGGUGCAGCAGCUCCUCGCUCAGCUCCUCCCCGACUCCACCAUCUUCUCUGUGCUCAUCCAGAAACAAGUGCUCAAGAUCUUCUACUCACUCGUACAGUACUCGCUCCCUCUGAGGCUCAUCGACAACACAGUGAUGACGCAGUGGAUGGAAGUGUUCAGACAGAUCAUGGACCGAGACGUGCCUGCGGAGACUUUGGAGGUGGACGAGGACGACCGGCCGGAGCUCGCCUGGUGGAAGUGCAAGAAAUGGGCCAUGAGGAUCAUAACCAGACUCUUUGAACGAUACGGGAGUCCAGGGAAUGUGACUAAAGAGUACGCCGAGUUCGCCGACUUCUUCCUGAAAACGUACGCUGUGGGUCUGCAACAGACGCUGCUGAAGGUGGUGGAUCAGUAUCGACAGAAGCAGUACGUCACGCCACGAGUCCUACAGCAGUGUCUCCUGUACCUCAGCCAAGGCCUGUCGCACUCGCUCACCUGGAAACACCUGAAGCCACACAUACAGAUCCUGAACCAGGAGGUGAUCUUCCCUCUGAUGUGCUACAAAGACGAGGACGACAAACUGUGGCAGGAGGAUCCCUACGAGUAUAUACGCAUGAAGUUUAACCUGUACGAUGACCACGCCCUCCCUGCCACGGCGGCCCAGGGUCUGCUGUGUAAAGCCGCCCGCAAACGCAAAGAGGUUCUUCCUCAGAUGAUGGAGUUCUGUCACCAGACGCUCAUGGACCCCUCCGCUGACCCCCGCAGGAAGGACGGAGCGCUGCACUGUGUGGGGACUCUGGCCGAGCUCCUCCUGAAGAAGCGGGCGUACAGGGAGCAGAUGGAGAUGAUGUUACAGAACUACGUGUUCCCGCUGCUCAACUCUCCGCUGGGAUAUCUGCGCGCGAGAUCGUGCUGGGUGCUCCACUGCUUCAGCCCGCUGCGUUUCCAUGACGAGCAGGUGCUCCGUGGAGCGGUGGAGCUGGUGAAGCAGGACCUGGUGGAGGACAAGGAGAUGCCCGUGAAGGUGGAGGCGGCCAUCGCUCUGCAGACGCUCGUGUCCAACCAACAGCAAGCCAAAGUGCACAUUCGCCCGUUCAUUCGUCCGGUGAUGCAGGAGCUGCUUCACGUCGUCAGGGAAACGGAGAACGACGACCUCACCAACGUCAUCCAGAAACUCAUCUGUGAAUACAACCAGGAAGUGUCCGCCAUCGCCGUGGAGAUGACACGCAACCUGGCUGAGAUCUUCACUCGUGUUCUUCAGAGUGAUGAGUACGAGGAGAGUGAGGAUAAGACGGUGAUGGCUCUGGGUCUGCUCAGCACCAUGGACACAAUCCUGACCGUGAUGGAGAAUCACUCUGAGAUCACGCAGCAGUUGGAGGCCAUCUGUCUGCAGGUGAUUGGUCUGGUGCUGCAGAAGCCCGUCAUAGGUAUGGCAGAGUUCUAUGAGGAGAUCCUGUCCCUGGCGUUCGGUCUGACGUGUCAGAACAUCUCCCCUCAGAUGUGGCAGGUUCUGGGGGCUUUGUACCAGGUGUUCCAGCACGACUGCUUCGACUACUUCACCGACAUGAUGCCUCUGUUGCAUAACUACGUGACGGUGGACACAGACAUGCUCCUGUCCAACCCCAAACACCUGGAGGUCAUCUACAGCAUGUGCAAGAAGGUUCUCUCGUCUGACUGUGGGGAGGACGCCGAGUGUCACGCGGCGAAACUCUUAGAGGUGAUAAUCCUCCAGUGCAGAGGCCGAGGCAUCGACCAGGUGGUCCCGGUGUUCGUGCACACGGCUCUGGAGCGGUUGAUGCGUGGGGUGAAGACGUCGGAGCUGAGGACCAUGUGUCUGCAGGUCGCCAUAGCGGCGAUGUGGUACAGCCCCGCCCUCCUCCUCCACACGCUGGACUCAGGCCCCCAGCCCCUGACCGCACACUUCAUCAACCAGUGGAUCAACGACACGGAGUACUUCCUCGGUCUUCAUGAUCGUAAACUGUGCAUCCUGGGCCUGUGUGUCCUGAUGGAGCUGCCCACCAGACCCGCGGCGCUGGAGGCUGUGGCGGCUCAGAUCUUACCCUCCGUCCUGCUCCUUUUUCUGGGUUUAAAACAUCUGUACGCCUCCCGCCUCCUCCACAAACCCCCCCUGCAGCCGAGAGGGAGCACCCAGGACGAGGACCACAACGAGGAGAUCCCAAGUGACGAGGACGAAGUCUCUGAACCACAGCUCAGCGGAACCACAGAGGAGACGGAGGACGAGGAGGACUUCUGGGAGGAGGACUGUUUCGCUGGGACUCUGUUGGAGGAGUACUCGACUCCUCUGGACUAUGACAAUGCAGAGGAUGAAUACACGUACUUCACCAACGCCCUGCUCCGGGUCCAGAACACAGACACAUCCUGGUACCAGCGGCUCACAGCGCCACUUAGUGACGACCAGAAGAAACAACUACAGGAAAUAUACGGCAUCGCACAGCAGAGGAAGGCGGCCAAAGGACAAUGAGGCCGGACCCUGCGCUGGAGCAGCUCUGAGUGAUGUGGGUCAAACUCAAACUGAGGGACUGCCUUUGUGCCAUCGAGCAACGCUGGACACCUCCAGGUUUCACUCACCUGGAAUCACCUCUGGGACAAAAACUGGAAUCUCUCCCAGACUGGAGUCAUAUUUGAACACAUCGCCAACGAAACAACUCUCACAUGAGUUUAAAAAAGCGUAUACUUCAGAAUAUUCAUUUGGUUUGAAACUUUACGAAACUAAAACGUAGACGUAGGAAUUUGUCCCGCCGCCGUCGAACUUUGUGCUGGUUUUUGUUUCAGUGAUCAGACUCAUUCAGGGCGCUCUGGUCGUUAUUACGUUAACGGGAAAGUUCCACAGUAUUGAGACUUUGCAGUGAUGUCACGCUGGGGGGGUGUUCUGCAUGUGUAUCUAUGACGGAAUGUUGAGCUGUUACCGUGGCGACACGUUGUUUUACAGAAACAAACACAGACCGAUAAGUUUGUAGAUUGUCUGAAAACUCAAACUUUAAAAUCAAACUCCUUUUUAAAUCCAUUUUGUAUUUUUUCACAAAAAGUUGAGACAAACUGAAAAACUGUUGGCUAAUGCUAACGCUAAUGCUAAUGCUAAUGCUAACUAGCUUGUGACUGUAAUGUUGUUUGAGAGAGAGAGACUUGUUUAACAGCACAGAUCAGCUCACCUGUUGGAGUUUAGAUGAGUCGGCUCUUUACGGUGUCGGAUUAAAGUUUAACAGAUCUUCAGACAGAGCAGUGCCUACAGUUAGCAUCACACGCCCAGAGAACGUGACGUCAGCAGCAAAGGAUCAAGAGCAUUAAACUUCACUUCCAGGUGUGGGACAUUAAAAAAAAGAGAAAAGAGCCAAUUUGGAAAAGAACCGUGUCGUCAUCUGGACUGACACUAAACCAAAAGAGAUUUUAUAAUGAAGACAACGCGUUUAUUAAAGUGGGACUAAACUCCGCCCACAUCCACGACUCAAACAGAGCUGCUAAACUGGGCGGAGCCUCGAGGACUAAAGGGAUGGGGGCGGGGUCUGGAUACAUGAGCAGUGUGAUUGGUCUAACAGGUGUCCACACUUCAAACUCCGCCCCCCACAGCCACACGUUCGUAUAAGAAACACCCGGCUUAAUCGGGGCAGUCAUGUGUGGUGUCAUGUAGUACUUGACAGUGCAGAGGCCACUGGAGAAAUCUGCAAAUUUACUCAGUUUGGAAUAAAGUCGCCAAAAAAUAACUAGGAACAGAAGGUAAAACUUUUAAAAACAGUUUGAUGAAUUCAAUGUUGAGUUCCACUUUAGAUUUUUAUCAGUCACUUUAUUUGUCGGCGUCCAAAAG